AUGAGUGUUAUUUUGUGGAAAAAGCAGCAAAAAGAUGAGAAUAAAGAUGAAGAAGAUGUGAUGAAUCCUCCUAUAAACUUUUCAAUGGUGGAAGAAGGACUUUACAGAUCAGGAUUUCCAGAACCUUCGAAUUUCGGCUACCUUAAAACCUUGAAUCUAAAAUCAAUCAUAUAUCUGUGUUCUGAGCAAUACCCAGAAGAGUAUAUGAAGUUUCUUGAAUUGCACAAAAUUCAGUUAUUUCAGUUUGGUAUGGAAGGAACAAAAGAGAAUAUACCUAAAGAUGUCAUAUAUAAUGCUCUUUACAUACUAAUAGAUGUAAGAAAUUACCCUAUUUUGAUUCACUGUAAACGUGGGAAACAUCGCACAGGUUGUGUCGUUGGUUGUUAUAGAAAGUUGCAGAAUUGGUGCAUGAAAUCAGUGUUUGAAGAAUAUCAGCAUUAUGCAGGAGGAAAAGCUAGAUCAAGUGACAUGAAUUUCAUGCAAGAAUAUGAUGUAUUACGCAUUAGACAAUCUCUUCAUAGUCGGAUUUACCAAUAUCAUGGUUAUGGUUCUAAUAAGAGGCGGUUGCUCGACACAAGACGAGAAGAAUUAGAAUCCAUCAAAGAUAUAGUUUCCUCAACAUGUAGAUAUCAAACAUACAAACCAAGGAUGUCUUCGUCUAGUGGUUAA